CCGUCCCGUCCUGGCCCCUCCUGUCCCGUCCCGGCCCGUCCCGGCCCCUGCAGGCUGGAAUACUGUGGGCUCACAGCUGCCGGCUGUGAAUCACUGGCCGCGGCGCUCAGGGCCAAGCCAGACUUCAAGGAGCUGGUGGUGAGCAACAAUGACCUCCAUGAGGCUGGAGUCCGGACACUAUGCCAGGGCUUGAAAGAGUCUGCUUGCCGGCUGGAGACGCUCAAGAUGGAGAGCUGUGGUGUGACCACAGCCAACUGCAGGGAUCUGUGUGACGUGGUCUCCAAGGCGCCCCUGCGGGAGCUGGACCUGGGCAGCAACAAGCUGGGCGACGCGGGCCUGGCGCUGCUGUGCCCCGGGCUGCGGCUCCACGGCUCCCAGCUGCAGGUCCUGUGGCUCUGGGAGUGUGGCAUCACGGCCGAGGGCUGCCGGGAGCUGUGCGGCCUCCUGAGAGCCCAGCCCGGCCUGAAGGAGCUCAGCGUGGCCAGCAACGACCUGGGCGACGAGGGCGCCCGGCUGCUGUGCGAGAGCCUGCUGGAGCCUGGCUCCCCGCUGGAGUCACUGUGGGUGAAGAGUUGCAACCUCACAGAUGCCUGCUGUCCCCAUUUCCGGUCAGUGUUGGCCCAGAACAAGUCUCUCCUGGAGCUGCAGUUAAGCAGCAAUAAGCUGGGGGACUCAGGUGUGCAGGAGCUCUGCCAGGGCCUGUGCCAGCCCGGCUGCGUGCUGCGUGAGCUCUGGUGAGUGUGAGCCGUGCUGGGAGGGACGCAGGGCCUGCUGCCCGCUUGUCACUCCAGCUUU